AUGUCUCAAGUAUAUAGAUCUACAAGAUCUGAUAAACAUGAAGAAUUAUCAUUUGAAGAUGUUGUAAUGACUGGUUUAGCACCAGAUGGAGGUCUUUAUUUACCAUCAGAAAUUCCAAAAUUACCAUCUAAUUUUCUUGAAACGUGGAAAAAUUUAUCAUUUAAUGAAUUAGCAUUCAAUAUUUUACGAUUAUAUAUAAAAGAACUGGAAAUACCAAAUGAAGAUCUAAAAGAUUUAAUUGAAAGAUCAUACUCCACUUUUAGAUCAGAUGAAGUUACACCUUUACAGAAAAUAAAUGAUCAAAUAUAUUUGUUAGAACUAUUUCAUGGACCAACUUAUGCUUUCAAAGAUGUUGCCUUACAAUUUGUUGGAAAUUUAUUCGAAUAUUUUUUAACUAGAAGAAAUGCUUCAAAAAAAAAUGGGGAAAGAGAUAUUAUAACAGUCGUUGGUGCAACCUCAGGUGAUACUGGAUCAGCUGCCAUUUAUGGAUUAAGAGGUAAAAAAGAUGUUUCAGUAUUUAUUUUAUAUCCAACUGGAAGAAUAAGUCCGAUUCAAGAAGAACAAAUGACUACUGUAGAAGAUGAAAAUGUUCAUACUUUAUCUGUUAAUGGUACUUUUGAUGAUUGUCAAGAUAUUGUAAAGAUGAUAUUUGGUGAUAAAGAAUUCAAUGAUAAAUAUCAUGUUGGAGCUGUGAAUUCAAUCAAUUGGGCAAGAAUUUUAGCACAACAAACUUAUUAUUUUUAUUCGUAUUUUCAAUUACAAAAAAUUAUUGGUGAUAAUAAUAAAAUAAGAUUUGUUGUUCCAUCUGGUAAUUUUGGUGAUAUUUUAGCUGGUUAUUAUGCUUAUAAAAUGGGAUUACCAGUUGAUAAAUUAAUUAUUGCAACCAAUGAAAAUGAUAUUCUCGAUAGAUUCAUGAAGACAGGAGAAUAUGCUAAGCAACAAGAAAUAGGUGUAAAAGCUACCUAUUCUCCAGCAAUGGAUAUUUUAAUUUCUUCAAAUUUUGAAAGAUUGUUGUGGUACUUAAUUAGAGAUAAUGUUACAGACCAUAAUGACGAAAAAGCUGGUGCCUUAUUAAAUGAUUGGAUGAAACAAUUAAAAGAAAAUGGAAAAUUCACUGCACCAAACGAAGUUGUUGAUUCAGCUAGAUCAAUAUUUGAUUCUGAUAGGGUUGAUAAUACCGAGACAAUUAAAACAAUUAAAGAAAUUUACACUGAAAAUAAAUAUAUACUUGAUCCUCAUACAGCAGUUGGUGUCAAAACUACAUUAAGAUUUAUUGAAAAAGAUCAAGAACCAAAACAUUAUAUAUCGCUUUCAACCGCACAUCCAGCUAAAUUUUCAGAAGUUGUUAAUAAAGCUCUUGAUACAUUUGAAAAUUAUUCAUUUGAAAAAGAUGUAUUACCAGAUGAAUUAAAAGCUUUAAGUACAAAAGAGAAGAGAUUAAAAUUUAUUGAUGAACCUAGUGUGUCAAAAGUGAAACAAGCCAUAAAAGAUGAAUUGAAAUUUUAA